AUGGCAACAAACUGUGAAGCAAUCAUGCACACUCACCGUCGAUUAAAUAUUCAACGUAAAAUAGAAGAAAACAACCUUACUGAAGAUCAUUUGCUAAAGUUAAAACUCUAUCGACAUCGUCGAGAAAUGUUUCAUCACAAGAUGAAUCUUCACGGAAAGAACAGUGGUUAUGUUCAACGUGACGAUAUGGACGAGCAGCAAAAAAUAAUCAAAUCAAACUGUGUUAUGCGUAUGAAAACUCAACUACAACUAUUGAAUAUCUCGACACAAACGCAAAAACGUCUACUAGAUCAAGUAGCCAUACAUAAUAAACAAAGAACCCAUCAACUCCCAUCGAUUACUAAUCCAAGUGGUAUCAAUGAAAUGAAAAACUGUCUCGAACGUUUGUCUCUCUAUCGAAGGGAUGAAAAGCGUUCUCAAAUGUAUCUCAACCAGCAAAUAUUGAACGAACAUGAAAAUCAAAGAGAGCAUAAUGAACGAAAAAUGAUUCUUCUCAAACAAUUCGACGAGCUGAAACAUACCAUCGAGGAUCCUCAUUCUACUCUUUCGACACUAGCAGCUCUCUCUCGAGCGCUUCUUCAUUUAGAGUCUGGAAUGAAAUGA